CGUUAGUAGUAGUCAUAUGUGUUGAAUAUUCAGCGUUGUCGUUAGUUUUGAGUGAACCCUUAGCUCCCUUCAGUGCGAUUCUCAUCCAGCCGUCUGGUUCAUCAACACAGCUGCAAUACCGCAAAGCUAAAUUUAGUGCAACUCCUCACACGUGCUUUCGCCGCGAAGUUGGUGGUGUGAAAACGCGUUUAACGGAACUUUAUGUGCAAAACGGCCGGACCUGCAUACCUAUGCGAGAUCGGCGGAGUACCUUCACCAAAGAGUAUAUAAACAACGUUGUUAAUCCCCUCGGAAACCGUCCCAGCAGACCAACGGAAAAUCACAACAGCACCUCCCGGAACGAGGAGCGCGCCGCAGCUUCUGAUCCCUCCGAAGAUCAGAGUGCGAUAAUGCUGAUGCCCAGCGCUGGACUUCCGGCCUCCAACGAGGCCGAUAGUCUUGGACUCGGAGGCCUGGGCACUUUGGCCAACACCAAUUCGAAUGCGAACACCAACAAUGGAGUGCAACAUAAGGACACCACGUGGACGAAAUUGUUCGUGGGAGGAUUGCCCUAUCACACUACGGAUCAGUCUCUAAGAGAACAUUUCUCGGUUUAUGGAGAAAUCGAAGAAGCAGUGGUCAUCACUGAUAGACAAACGGGGAAAAGUCGAGGAUAUGGAUUUGUAAUUAUGGGAGAUAAGUCGUCAUCAGAUAGAGCAUGUAAAGACGCUAACCCUAUUAUUGAUGGGCGAAAAGCUAAUGUGAAUUUAGCGAUUCUGGGAGCAAAACCGAGAGGAAAUGCGCAAACCGGCUUCCCGUUUCAAGGAAUCCGGGCUGGUUACCCUACACUUCUUCCGGGCCAGUACGGAAUGCCUCCUGGUUACGUGUACCAAUCUCCGUAUUUAACCGCUGCCGCCCCCGGGAGUCUUGUGCCCCUUCCAGCGACUCAACUGACCCAUGCGGCCGCUGUUGCCGCCGCCACGUCGCAGUUUUACGAGUAUCAAAAUGCCGCCGCCGUUGCAGCUGCAGCUGCCGCCCCCUAUACCGGCCAAUAUGCGAAUGGAUUCGAUGCAUAUACUCCGUAUACGGGAGCUGCAGGGGCAGCAGGAUAUUUGCCGUAUACUUAUACACUUCCUCAGACACCUGGACUCCCAGCAGCAACAGCAGGAGCUUUUCCUGCUAUUCCUUAUCAAACAGCAGCUCAAGCACAGACAUUACAAGAAGCAAGAUUGCAAUAAAUUAGAUUAAUUAGCACAUCCGCUUCGAAAUCGACUGUUUCACCGCAUUUUAGAAAGUCAGGCGCCAUCUGUUGAUUAAAUUCUGUAUAGGAUGUGCUUUGGCGCUACGUUCGUCGAAUAUUUACUCAUUUUUGAAACUGAGAUCUAAUUUAAUUAGAUCUGACUUUAUUUAUUAAGACAAAUUUAUUUUAAAUUAUUAUUCCAGUUAGUUACCAUUUUAUGAGUUAAGUAAUAAUGCUCAAUGAAUAUGACAGACUUUGAUUGCUCCUACUUUUGCAGAAAGUUUUUGUUGUUACUGCAAAAGAAAGUGCAAUAAAUUUCAAGAAUAAGAGGUAGAUAGCUAAUUACUUUAUAGUCUAGUCCUUUACAUAAUAUAAUAAAUAUUAUAUCUACUUAAAUAUUACUUUAAUAUUAGUUGAUAGUUUAGUUAUAGACUUUUAUUGAAGUGAUGUGCAUUUCAGAAAAAUAUCACAGAACUUUUUAUACUGUUUUUAAAUUAGCGCUCUCUAUUAACGUCAAAAAAAUCACAACUGAAAAGCACGUCGUAAUUAAUGAGAAAAGCAGUGAAAGGGAAAUAUUUUGUGAUACAAAAUUUCUGAAUCACAUUCUAGUUCGUUUUGUAAUAUAGUAGCGCUGUUAAGUGUAUAUAUUAAGCACAAGAAAAAUUCUGUGUAAUAGGUUACCUACUUAAAAACCUGUAUAAACUUCUCUUCCAAAAGCACAAUUAAACUAGUGAUUGUAUGGAACUUGCCUAUAUACAUUUUCACUAAUUUCACUCAUUUAGUUUAGAAUGUAAUUAAAAGUCCCUAAUUUUGUAUCACCAUAAAAUUUCAUUAUUCUGGUCAGUAGCAAUUAAGUUAUUUAACAAAUGCAAAUGUAGGGAUUUUUAUAAAUUAUGUUCCUUCUAUGGGUAUUAGCAGACAGUAAAGAUUUUAACAACAAUUAGUGCCUUUUUUAAUACUUCUUGUGAUAGAAAUAGUACUGUCUAGUCAAUUUUUUACAGAUAUGUUCCGUCCAACUGACUAGUGCCCUAAUUAUAAUUGUCAUGCCUUUAAAGUUAGUGCAAACUUUUGUGGAAAUGUACAUAAAUAAACAUACAACAGAGCUGAAUAAAGUUUACAACAUGG